AUGCUAUUCAAACAGCAGGCGUUGCUGAGACAGAAGCUCUUUGUGCUAGGCAGCCUUGCUAUUGGAAGUCUCCUAUAUCUAGUUGCCAGAGUUGGGAGCUUGGAUAGACUGCAGCCCCUCUGCCCCAUUGAUGGUCGAUUUGGAUCCCGUGGCCAGGACGAAAUCCCGCUGAGAGCUCUGCAGUUCAAGCGUGGGUUGCUCCAUGAGUUCCGAAAGGGCAAUGCCACCAAGGAGCAAAUACGACUGCACAAUCUGGUUCAGCAGCUUCCCAAGGCCAUUAUCAUUGGGGUGCGGAAAGGAGGGACCCGAGCACUGCUGGAGAUGCUGAACCUUCACCCCGCAGUGGUCAAGGCUUCUCAAGAGAUUCACUUCUUCGACAAUGACGAGAACUAUGCCAAGGGGAUUGAGUGGUACCGGAAAAAAAUGCCUUUUUCUUACCCUCAUCAAAUAACAAUUGAGAAAAGCCCUGCAUAUUUUAUCACUGAGGAAGUACCUGAAAGGAUUUACAAAAUGAACUCAUCUAUCAAAUUAUUGAUCAUUGUCAGGGAACCUACCACAAGAGCUAUUUCUGAUUACACUCAGGUGCUGGAAGGUAAGGAAAGGAAGAACAAAACUUACUACAAAUUUGAGAAGCUGGCUAUUGAUCCUAAUACCUGCGAAGUGAACACUAAGUAUAAGGCAGUGAGAACCAGCAUCUACACAAAACAUCUGGAGAGAUGGUUAAAAUACUUCCCAAUUGAGCAGUUUCAUAUCGUAGAUGGAGACCGGCUCAUCACAGAACCACUGCCAGAACUCCAGCUGGUCGAGAAGUUCCUAAAUCUUCCUCCGAGGAUAAGUCAGUACAAUUUAUACUUCAAUGCCACCAGAGGGUUCUACUGCUUGCGAUUUAACAUUGUCUUUAACAAGUGCCUGGCAGGUAGCAAGGGACGCAUCCAUCCAGAGGUGGAUACCUCUGUCAUUACCAAAUUGCGCAAGUUCUUUCAUCCUUUUAAUCAAAAAUUUUACCAGAUCACUGGGAGGACAUUUAACUGGCCCUAA